AUGGACCAGAUCUGCAAUUUCGAAGACACCGAAGAUUCUGCGCUUUGCAAAGACAUACUCGCCAUCGUCUCGGUCGUGUACCGGCCUAUCACAUUGGACGAAUUAACGGCCCUCGUCGAUACGCUUGACGGUGUCUCUGGCGAUUACGAAGCUCUAGCAGAGAUUGUAGGGCUUCGCGGCUCUUUUCUGACACUUCGCGAACGCACCAUAUCUUUCGUCCAUCAGUCCGCGAAGGACUUUUUGCUCAAACAGGCACGUGAUGAGAUCUUCCCUUCUGGGAUAGAAGACAUACACCGUACCAUCUUCUCGCGAUCGCUUCGAGUCAUGCGGGAAACAUUGCGACGCGACAUCUACAACCUUGGCGCUCCUGGAUUUUCCAUCGAAGAAGUCAGACCACCCGAUCCAGAUCCGCUAGCCGCAGUACGGUACUCGUUUAUCCUGUACCACAAGUGGGCAAUCGAGAACAGCCCUCUUCAGGUGUACGCUUCAGCACUUGUAUUCAGCCCGGCCCGCAGUAUAACAAGGAAUCAGUUCGAAAAUGAGGAGGCUAAAUGGAUCGUCCGAAAACCGGUUAUGGCAGACAAUUGGAGCGCAUGCCUACAAACGCUCGAAGGCCAUCGCUACUCGGUCAGCUUAGUAGCCUGGUCGCACGAUGUGACCCGGCUGGCGUCGGCCUCAAACGACGGGACAGUCAAGAUCUGGGACCCAGCGACCGACCAGUGCGUGUCAACGCUCAAGACUGAUGGAGACGUUGAUGACCUCCAAUUUCAUGAAUCCAACUCUGACCUUUUACGCACCAAUCUUGGCACAUUCGACUUAGGGACUCUUACAAUCUCUACGGUCUUCGGCCCUACUUCUACUGAUCGUUCAUCACCAAUUGCUGUUGGGUAUGGCUUGAGCAGCAAUGGUACCCGAGCGAUGGAACCGCGGAUUCUACGCCCUUGCGGGGCACCGCCGCCGUCAGGUGUCUACAAUUCGUUGGAAGAAGCCUGGGAAGCGAUUGGGCGCCACGCAGCCACCAAUGGGUACAGAGUCGUCAAGAAUGGAUCGAAGAAGGGGAAUGCCCUCUUCCAAUGCGCUAAGGGCCGAGUUUACAAGUCAAAGGCCAACCUCGAGGUCCACGAAUCGAAGCGCCGCAAGACCAGCUCUCAGUUCACGGGCUGCCCGUUCAAGUUCAAGGCCAAGCCUUUGCUAAACGGCCAGUGGGCUCUGGAGGUGCCCGAGGGAAUUGCGCACAACCACGGAUGGAACGAAGAGACUGCUUUUGCUGCCUCGCGAGCCGAGAAGUUGAAGCCGUUGGAGCAGGAGGUUAUUGAGCUAGCGAACAAGGGCGUCAGGCCGGCGCAGAUCCUGGGAAAGAUACAUGCGGAUGAGCUCGGGAUCUUGGGAAAGGAUAUCCAAAACCUUCUUCAGCGACAUCGCCGCGAGGAGCUAAAGGGCCGAUCCCCCCUCCAGGCUCUCUACGAGGACCACCUUACCUUCCAGGGCAGCCUAUUUAACCCAGAGUCGGUUUCUGUCGCCGAGCUUGCCGGUGAUCUCACCGCUGCUGGGGAAGGACCUGCGGCUCUUGGAUUUGCCCACGUAUGCGUGGAACGACAAGAAUCACUGGAUCAGUGCAACGGCGACUGGGCGCUGACCAAGGGGAACACCUUCUACGACGAGAAGGGGGCACAGACCGCUGCGGCAAGCAACCCCUUGGCCGCCCUGCACUUUGAGCCACAGACAUCGUUGGUCCAUCGUGUGACCGAGGCCGAGUUUGAAGGUGCGGCCGGGGGGGUGGUCGUGCAAUCCGAUGUGAUACAGGCCGACUUCCUGUCUGCGGCAUGGGGUCAUAAAAUGAACAAUACCGGGGUUGCGACUUCGAUAAGCAAGGAAAACCAAAUGAGUAACUAUCAUCAUAAAUUGCAGCUAACCACCUGCAUCUGGUCCAUCCGUGCGGAUAUUGCCUGGACCCUUGGCAAGUAUCUCGCCAACAAGCUCCAGCCCAAGCGAAAAGCGACAGUUGCAGACAUCAACGUCGGAAAACUUGUUGUGAGCGAGGGCCUGGUGGCACAGAAGAACACCAAGGUGCCCCAGCUGAUCCAAGUCUCCAUCACAACACCCGACAUCGACUCGGGGGUCGCGCAGAUGGAGUGGCACCUCGUGACGAACGAUGGCCUCUCUUUGAUCGAAGAGGAACCCUUCGUGAGCGCUCAGACAGGAUACGGGCGCGGAGGAGACUGGCUAUCCAGCUGGUCGCCGCUGCAGCACCUGAUCCAGGGGCGCAUCGAGGAGCUCUCGCGGCUAGCCGUUACCGGGGUGGCAAACCGCUUCUCGCACAACAUGGCGUACCUCCUCUUUGCAAACAACCUGGUUGACUAUGCCGAGAAGUACCGCGACAUGCGGUCAGUGGUGCUGCCCGGGUUGGAGGCCAACGCGGAGAUAACCAUCCCAGAUGGCCACGAAGGCGGUGUCUGGACCGUGCCGCCAUUCUUUCUCGACAGCGUGUGCCACUUGGCAGGGUUCGUCAUAAACGUUUCAGACGCCGUCGAUACGAAGAAAAACUUCUGUGUUACGCCCGGCUGGGAGUCUGUGCGCAUAUCCCGCCCCCUCGCGGCCGGCGGCAAGUACCGGUCCUACCUAUGCCAAGAUGAUCCCGACGGCGGACGACCCCGGGGUGUACCUAGGCGACGUCUACAUCAUGCAAGGCGACGAGAUCAUCGGCCUCAUCCAAGCCAUGAAGUUCCGCCGCUACCCCCGCGUGCUGCUAAACCGUUUCUUCUCGGCCGCCGACAUCCUCAUCCUCCAAGGAACACUCACCCCAGCACCACCAAAGGCUGCAGCACCAGCCUAGCCACCCCCGCAGCAGCACCACCUCCCCGAGCCGCCGCCCCCAAACCCAAGCCCCAACCAGCACCAGCGCGAGCCCCAGCCCCAACCCCUCCCCCUAUCCCCGUCCCCAAACCAGCCCCGACCCCAGCCCCCAUCAUCGCCGCAGCCCCCGCCUCAAACAACAGCAUCGCCACCAAAACGAUGGCCCUGCUCGCCGCCGAGGCCGGGCUGGAGGCGUCAGACCUGGACGACGACGCCAGCUUUGCCAACCUGGGCGUGGACAGCCUGAUGAGCCUGGUGAUUGCCGAGAAGCUGCGGGAGCAGCUGGGCAUUACGGUGAAUGGCAGUCUGUUUAUGGAAUACCCGACGGUGGGGGAUUUGAGGGCGUGGUUGGUGGAGUAUUAUAGCUAG